CGGGCGGAGGGCAUGCCCGCUCUUCCCGGGCUGCCCCGACGCCUCGUCCCGGGCUUUCCGCCCCGCGCCUCCUCGCCGUAGACUGCCGACCCGCCGCCAGUCCUCGGCGCGGCCGUGAGAGGGGACAGCGGAGCCGCGGAGGAGGGCGCCUUGCAGCCGAGCCUGGGCUGAGGGGCCGGCGCAUGCUGCAGUUCGCCUUGGCUCUCGCGCCACCGCCAGCCGCCGCCGCGCCGCCGCCCCCUCCGGCGCCCCCCGGCUCCCUCCUCGGCCCCCGCUUCGGCCCCAUCAUUGCAGGCUCCUUCUACUGGCUGCCUGGACUCGGAUCCCGGAUCCUUCAUGAGUUGCGGACGACAUGCCCGCUUCUUAGCCGGGGAUCCUUCUUCUCGUCCCGCAUGUUCAGGACCAAACGCUCGGUGCUCGUGCGAAGACUCUGGCGGAGCCGUGCGCCCGGCGGGGAGGAAGGCGCCGGCGACGCCGCCGAAGGCGCUGCGGACGGGCGGCCUCAUGGGGCCGGCGGCGGCGGCGGAGGAGGAAGCCGGAUUUGCUGCAUGGGCAAGUCGGGGAAGCUCGCCAAGGCGCACGCCGGGUCGGAGGCUGAACUGAAAGCGCUGACCCACUCGGUGCUGAAGCGGCUGAAGGAGAAGCACCUGGAGGUCCUGCUGCAGGCCGUGGAGUCCCGCGGAGGCGCCCGGACCGCGUGCCUCCUGCUGCCCACCAAGGUGGACUCCAAACUGGGCCAGCAUUGGUACUCUCUCCCGCUGCUGCUCUGCAAAAUCUUCCGAUGGCCCGAUCUCCGGCCUUGUUCGGAAGUCAAGCGGCUUUGUGGCUGUGAAUCUUACGGGAAAACUCACCUGGACUUAGCCUGCUGCAACCCCUUUCACCUGAGCAGACUCUGCGAGCUAGAGUCCCCCCCUCCUCCUUACUCCAGAUACCCGAUGGAUUUUCUCAAACCAACGGCAAGUUGUCCAGACUCUGUGCCUUCUUCCACAGAAACGAGGGGAACUAAUUUUCUGGCCCCUGAGGGGCUUGCAGAUUCCCAAGUUCUACAGGAACCGGGGGAUCUAUCACAUUGGUGCGUGGUGGCAUAUUGGGAAGAAAAGACUCGUGUGGGUCGGCUGUAUUCUGUGCAAGAGCCCUCCCUGGAUAUCUUCUACGAUCUACCUCAGGGGAAUGGCUUCUGUCUCGGACAGCUCAAUUCGGACAAUAAGAACCAGUUGGUGCAGAAGGUCCGUACCAAGAUCGGCUACGGCAUCCAGCUGAGCAAGGAAGUAGAUGGAGUAUGGGUUUAUAAUCGCAGCAGUUACCCGAUUUUUAUCAAGUCGGCCACACUGGACAACCCCGACUCCAGGACGUUGUUGGUGCACAAAGUGUUUCCAGGCUUUUCCAUCAAAGCGUUCGACUACGAGAAGGCGUACAGCUUGCAGAGGCCCAACGACCACGAAUUCAUGCAACAGCCUUGGACUGGCUUCACGGUUCAGAUCAGCUUUGUGAAAGGUUGGGGCCAAUGCUACACUAGACAGUUCAUCAGCAGUUGUCCGUGCUGGCUGGAGGUUAUUUUUAAUAACCAAUGACUUGAGACUCAACAGUGACAUUUUAUAACGACUUUGCUGCUAAAACGUUUCCUUCUGAGUGCUUGCUUUGUUGUGCAAACGUUUUUUGUUUGUUUGUUCUGUUUUGAGAAAUAGCUUAUGGAAAGAUUUCUCUCUCUCUUUCUUCCCCUCCCUUUCUUUGUGCUUUUAUUUGGGUGGGGGGAGGUGUUUUGGACAUAAUAUUUUUGAAGUGUAGAUGACUAAGAACCCAGAAUGGGAGGAGAGCACUAGGGAGGAAGAAGGUUGGGAAAGGGUUACACUGAACAUGGUUACAGAGGGGAUUGUUCUGAUUCCCUUUCAAUUAUGAUUCCAACUUAAUGGGUAGAAUUGCAGGCCACUAUCUUCUCUGCACCUUCUCUUGAAUUCAAGCUAUGUUACCUUUCUUGCCUCCCUUCAUAAACUUAGCACACCUCUCUCCAGAACCCUGUGUUUUCCCCAGUAAAUGCACACCUUCUUUGCGCACUUUGGAUGUUCUGCUCAUUUCAGCAGAGCUAAGGAGGCAAGGGACCUGCCCAGGCAGUCUCCGAAAAUCGGACGCGAUAGGACGGAUUAAAAAAAAAAAAGAUUCACGCUUAGAAGUGCCAUAGUACACCAAAGUCUGGUUUUCUUCAGUGAGAUGCAUGGAGGUGGGUCUGGAGCUCUCUGGCUUGCAAGGGGUUGAUCUGUCGGAUUCUGGCAACAAGUUAUUUCAUUCUAGAUCUAGGUGAAUGGUUCUGGAUCGCUCCUGUUGUCCAGCUCUUACAAGAUGCCUUCCUUCUGACCGCUUAAAUACAUGGAUCUCUCUUCUGCAGGUCAUUGCAUCUGCUGUUUGUUGCAAGCACGCCAGGUCCUUGGCCCGUAUGAGGAAGGUCAGCCGUGGUGAUUCAGAGCCCCCCCCCCCCCACCAAUGAUCACUGGCCCAAUCUGCAUGCAAAUAUUCAGAGUCACCAUGGGGGGCAAAUGCAGAAAUGCAGAAUUUUAGCCAACAGCUUUAAGAAUGUUGUUUCUUCUCCCCUUUCCUACCUCUCGAUUAUAUCUACCUGCAACUUUAACCCUCUGUGUCUGACCUCGUGGAUGAAAAAAGAUGCUGCGCAGGUUUGGGAAAGAAAUGGCCAUGUUUCUGGGCACUUGGUUAUCACUUAAGAUGCCAGCAAAACAAAACAAAUGUGCGUGGCCUGGGCUUUUCAAAUAGAUUUGCAAUGCAGACUUCAUCCCCCUCUUUUUUUUUUUUAAUGGACAAAGCUGAAUUUCAGUAUUUACGCCCUGUCCCCUCUUUUGAUCAGGUUUAGGAUAAUACUGUUUGCAUCCAGAAACUGCAGUCAUUCGGUUAGUAUUUUAGUAUUUUUCUUCAAUUCAUACACUUAGUAUGAUAAUUUUACACUGUUCUUAGCUCAAUGAGCAUGUUUAGACCUUAACAUAAGCUAUUUUUCUAAAUACAAAAGGAUUAAGUGAACAAGAGAAGCAUUCUCCUUGGAAUUUUAGCAUUGAAGUGCUUUGGAAAAAAAAAUAACAACAGACUUCUUUAAAAAAAAAACCCUGAGAUUUAUUAAAGAAAAAUGUAUUUUAUGUUAUAUAUAAAUAUAUUAUUACUUGUAAAUACAAAGACGUUUUAUAAGCAUCAUUAUUUAUGUAUUGUGCAAUGUGUAUAAACAAGAAAAAUAAGAAAAGAUGCACUUUGCUUUAAUAUAAAUGCAAAUAACAAAAUGCCAAAUUAAAAAAAAAGAUAAAAAUUAA